AUGCAGCGCGACUGGACUGACGCCAAACGGGACGAGUGGAUCGGCCGCCGCCUCGCCCGGCGCAAACGCGUCGCGAAACCCGGCUCGGAUCCAGAACACCCCAGGGAGCGCAGCUUGGAGGCAGAAAGGGUGGAGGUCGAAAGCAAUGUUUUUAGCGUGAUUACUGAGACGCUAGCUUGGGAGCUGCAAAAAUACCCCACCUCGCCGUACCCUGCACCAUUUUCCGGGAAGCUCUUUCUGCCGCUGCGCUACCAAGGGGACGAUUAUGCACGCACGCUCAAGUACAAACAGGGCGAGGACCUGAACGUGCUCGUAUACCGCUUCUACGACGCGCCGCCCGACCCCGGGUUCGCGGGCCCCAACUACGUGACGCCAGACAACACAUAUCCCAAACGAAACGAGUACCUGGGCCCUGCGCCGCACGUCACGGGCUACCGCUUCGACGCGGCCGCGCGCACGGCGCGCAUCGAGUGGUGGGACCCGUACGUGCGCACGCUCUGGGUCGGGCGCGGGACGUGGGGCGUCGAGCUGUACUUUGACGAGGUCGUGCGCGGGUGGGUCUCGCGCCCGCGCGGGGACUUCGACGCGGGAGUGGACCUCGAGCGGUACAUGGGCCCGUAG